GACAACGAAGUGAUUAAUGGCAUUAGAGUAACAAUACCUGUAGUGUUUUGAGUGAUUAAUGCAAUUUAUAUACGUCACGCAUUUGUCAGAAUGCGGAAGCAGUUCGUUAAGCUUGGAAUUCUACUGAUUAGAUAAGUGGGAGACGAAUCAUUCAUAUGGCUGAGUAUAGAAAUUGCAGAGGCGCUCGUUGUAGGUCAUGGAACGACCCUGCCAUGUUCCUGAUGACAGUGGAGAUGCAGAACUGGAUCCGCGAAUACAGAUUGAACUGGAAAAGCUGAAUAAUGGAACUGAUGAAAUUAAUAAACUUGAAAUAGAAUUAGAUGAGGCCAACAACACAUUCAGAUUGCUACUCAAUGAUUCAACACGGCGCCUUAAACUCCUUUCCAAAAAUUUAGGCUCAUGCAUUGAGCGUGCUCGUCCAUACUAUGAAGCUCUUGAAAUUGCAAAGAAGGCACAGCUGGAGUGUCAAAAAGCUGCUGUCCAGUUCCAAAGAGCUAAUGAAAUACACCAAGCUGCGAAAGAAACGGUGGCACUUGCCGAACAGAGGUUUCUGAGUAAACAGCAUGAAUGGCAGUUUGAUAAUGCUUGGCAAGAGAUGUUGAAUCAUGCAACUAUCAAGGUUAUGGAGGCAGAAACACAAAAAGCAGAGAGUGGCCGUGAACACCAGAGGAGGGCAGCACUCUUUAAUGCAGCAGAACAGAAGGUCCAAGAACUAGAACAAAGGCUGAGAAGAAGCAUUACUCGUUCAAGGCCAUAUUUUGAAGAAAAAACUUUAUGCCAGGAGCAGUUGGCCACUCAAAAGUGUCGUGUGGAGAAUUUACAAAAAGCAGUGGCUGCAGCAAAGCAGUCUUAUGCAGACACAUUACGCAACUUGGAACGCAUCUCAGAGGAAAUCCACUGCAAGAGAGCAGGCACUGCGCUUGGCUUACGUGAACCUGGUGUCGGUGCUGAGUUAGUCCCAUUGCCGGGGUAUGAAGUAGAAUUGGACCGCUGCGACCGUCGUUCUGUCGGCAGUAUUUCUGCUGGUGAUGAUAGUGAGCCACUUGAUGAACAGGAAUAUGAGGAUUUGGAGAAAUUGAAACAGUGUGUGCAGGAGCUGCAAACUCGCCCUGUAGAAGGUGGAAACAACACAGAAGAAUUAACUUGGGAGGCUGAACUGAAAGAAUCUGUCCACAGGCUUCAUAGACUGUCUCUAGUUCAUAAAGAUGAUGUCCAUGUAGCUAACAACACUGACAGCAUUCAGAAGGGGACAGAUGAUUCUUCUGUCACAGGAAAGACAUGUAUGUCAGCCAAGGGCACACCGCAACAGAGUAGUAAUUCCUCACCAGCCAAGUGUGUAGAAAGUAGGAAGUGCUCUAAAGAGCAGCAGAGCCCCACUCAUAAAAUGGACCGAAACUGUAGUAGGGAAGUUGAAGAUCUGGAGCUCUCUGUUCAUAAACUCAUGUGCAACAGUCCACUGACUGGGUCACCACAUCAUAUAUCAUCUCCAUCAAAACAUCUGCAGAAAUACUGAUAAUAUGUACUAUGCGGAAUGACAGAUAUUGUUUUAUUGACAAGACUGACAAACAGUAUCUGCCUGCUGUGUGUCUUGAUGGCUGUUUACUUUUCAUAGAUGUCAUUAAGUUGUUGUAGCUGUUGUUGUUAUUGUGGUUGAUGUUGCUUCAGUGUUUUCAUUCAUAGUUGCAUGAGGUACAUUAUCAGGAUCUCGCUGCUGUGAAUCAUAUUGAAACAGGAUGUCUGUUUCUCUCUGUAACGAUAUGAUAUUUUGUCUGCUGUCUUUGACAGCUUGAGUAUGUACCUGGAUGGUGUCCGUCAUGCAUCAUCUAAUAAUGCUGCGUAAGAUUAUGUACAAAUAAAUAUUUUAUUUAUUCAGAUUCUUUUAGCUUACAAUGCUGUAAUAGACUGUUUUAAUUAUUAGAAUGUUUUUAUAAUUAUUGUCCAUUCACCUUGAAGGUCACUAAAACUAUUCUUGUCUGUUUUUCUGUUCAGUAUAAAAUUUGUAACUUCGUACAAAACACACUGUGCUGGUUAAUAGGACCUUAAUGAAAGCCCUUUUUGCUAUAUGUGUUUAUUAUGCCAUCUUGUUUUAUAUUUCAUUGCUGUAAUAGAGCACAGUUUGGAAAGAAAGUGUUGAUUUGAUUUCUUGUGUUGAGGGAUUGUGUGAUGUGUGGAUUUGUUGGUACAGCUUGUAAGCACUCUUAUUUCUUUAACAUGAACUGGGGGACAUAGACAUGGAAGUAGGUGUACUUCACACUCAGUGUUCACAAUCGCUUUGAGUGGACAUAUACUGCAGUGGGAUCAAUGACGUCAUUAUCACUCCUUUCUAGCUUCCCUCCAGCAUGUCAUUUUGAACUACUAACUCCAUUGAGCACCACUGUUUUUUGUUGCUCUUUUUCUGAGGUUGGCACAAAGGAUCAGUUUUUUUUAUGCUAAUUGGUGGUCAUUCAGAUAGCUCUUAUUGUUGUCACAUGCUCUGCAAACACUGUUUAGUAAUUUUAAAAACUCUUUUAAGACCACAGAAAAUAGCUCAGAUGAAAUAGAAACAUCAUCUGUAACACACUUUUUAGUUCUGAAUUUUACACUAUUUUUGUUGUCUAUCCUUAUGUCCCCAUCCUUUUAAAUUAAAAUGUUUACAAAUGUCUCCUCAGCUCCCAUUUUUAUCAUUGCUAUCAUCAGUCCCAGGAGUAUUUUUGUAUACUAAAUGGAUUUAACCACAUCCUUGGACAAUAUUUCAGGAUCAUAUUUGGACUCAGAUUCUAUCACAAUUUCAAGUUUGAUUAGGAGAGACACAAGUAUUAAGGAAAUGUUUAAAUUUGUGUCAUAUACGUUUGUUCUGGACAUAAUGCUUUGUGCAAGGUCCAGAUGGACGAGAUGUUCAUCAUAUGUGAUGCCUUCCAACAUAAAUGAUGUCUGUGUUGUUUCAUCUGGAAUCUAGUUUUCAAUUGGCACUCGUAUAAUUUUCUUUCAUUCAUUUAUUAAUAGUUCUGUAUAGUUCAGUGAAUUCUAUAACCUUCAGUUAUGAUGACUGUUAACUUUGUUAAUCUUUUUUACACCUGUGACACUCUUACUGAUUUCCAACUGCCUGUUAUAGGCCCAAACAUUUUUUAUAUUUAAAUUUGAAAUUCCUUCAUUCUUUAGAGCUUUAGACCAGGUUGUUAAUUGCGUUUUAUUCUUUUCUGCAUUUACAUAAUUCUUGGAACGACAAACUGGAUGUUUGCUUAGUGAAUUGAAUUCUGUCUAAUUUCCUGUGUGGUUUCAUUCUACAACAUACUAAUAGUCAUUUAAAUACAGCAAAUGUUCUAGAUAGUCUUGUUGCCUAUUGUACUACAAUCAUUUACAUAAAAGGCUAAUUUUCUGUAAUGGAACCAUGUAACAUCACAAGAAAUCACCUCCUCUCUUUUUCCAUGUGCGGUAUGUACUUCAUUCGGCCAGUAAAUCUGUUGCCAUCAGUUUUGCAUCUAUUUGUAGAUAAUUAGAGUAUAAGUGUGUUUCUGGGCUCUUAGCCAAAAUUAAUGUAUGCUGUUAUAUUUUCAUAAAUGUGAAUAAUGCUUGUAAAUAUUAUAUAACUAGUAAGCCUCAGAACGAUAUAUAGUCUCUCUCAAUUAUUGACCUGGAAAGUGGCCAUUAUUAAUACAGAGUGCGCGCGCACACACACACACACACACACACACACACACACACACACACAGAGAGAGAGAGAGAGAGAGAGAGAGAGAGAGCACACAGUACCAGUGUGAAAUAAAAUUAUCCCACUCGAUUCUGUAAAGAUAAUUUUUAUGAGAGACUGAAACCAGCUAAAGUAAACUCUGUAUUCAUUUGUUGUUUGAAAAAAUAAAAUAAAAAUCUGUUGUGAUGAGCCUAAGGAUAAAUUUAAGCAGCUCAUAAAGUAAGAAUGGGUGGACAAAACUCGUUCUAUAAUCAAAACUAUUUUUAUAAAUGUUGACCAAAUCUCAGUAUGUUAAUUGUAAAGCAUAUUACAGAAUAUGUAUUUGUAAAGGACUGCUUGCUUGUGUGUGCAUGUAUAUAAUGGGGGAAGUAUUUGGGAGGGGUUUGUUGCUGUGUGAUUUUUGAGAAAAUUGGCCAAUGUGCGUUAUUUCUUCCAAUUUAUGUAAGAUGAUGAAUCAUAUGUGAGCUUUGGAAAAACUCAGUCACAGUAACUGAUUUGUAACUAUUGACUUAAUAUUAUAGGUGAUUUGUCAAUCUUACUUUGGUGACUUGCUGGUCAGCGACACUGUUAUUCCAUGUAGAUGUCCAGUAGCCAUACACACACAUAAGAUGAUACUUCUGUUGCUUGAUUAUAUUAGCAAAAAUAUUUGCACUUACCCUUUACUCCCAGACAUUUAUAAGUUGCACUUACUGUGACAGUGGAAAGACAUUAUCCAAUUGGUAUCUUGUGUGCACUUAAUAAUACUCAUUUUUGUGAUCAUAUCCAGUGUUCUUUCACAUAAUUAUUGUUACACAAAAAUGUGGAUGUCAUUGUUUUGAGUCAUGGUAGAAAAAAUUUGUGCUCAUUGUUCACACUUCAUAAUAUCAAAAUCAAACAUUGUUAUUAGUGUAGUGCUCAUCAUUUGUGCCCAAUCAUACUGUCCACUUUAUUUUAUGGGACUGCUGAAUUUUAACAAUAGUUUCUCUACGUUAGAUUCUGCAGCUUCUCUAAAAUUCAAGAAAGAAAUCUUUGUGUUCCACAGCAACUUCUGUGGUAUAAAAAGACGUCUUUCUGAAGUUCAUUUUAAGAACUUACCAAAAAUUUCUGGAAGAAAGGAGUCAACAUGAUAAAACCUUAGAGUAAAAGUUGUCCAAGAAUUGUUAGCAGUAGACCAAAAGCUUCAAAUGAAUAUCUUUGUGCCAUAUCUUACAGUAGCUUUUGUGAGUAUGAUAUUUGGAUCUUUACUGACUGAAAACUGUUUCUGUCACAGCACACAACACAGAGAGUCACAUAUUUUUUUAAUGACUCAUUUAAAUACAAGUAAGUGUCAAUACAAAAAAGUCAUUGAGUUUCUACUAACAAGAGAAACAGAGAAAUUCACACUUUGGAAGAAUAUGGGGAAUAAUUUUAUGUGACAAAUAUAAAACUGCAUGUCAGAAAAAAAAAGAGAGCAGAUGCCAGUUACUAUCUUAAAGUAAAAAGAUAACGGUGGUGUUGCAAGUAGCAAAAAGUUAUAAAAUAUGGAGCUUAGAGAUAAAAUUUAAGACUGAAACCUGUUGAGAAGCUGUAGACCAGCAAAAUCAAUGGUAGGAGUAAUGGAGGCAACUCACCAUUUAGUUGAGAUGUCAGUUGGCACAUAAUCAAGACUGACAAUAUUACUAAGCUUCAUGGUGUCUGUCUGUCUGUCUGUCUGUCUAUCAGUCAUAGGAACAAUGCUGAAGGCCUAGCAAUGUUCUCUGUACUGUGUGUGCACUUACUGACAGCUAUAUGGACUGUUGCCCUUACUCCUACCAUUGUUGAUAUUCCACCAAGGACUUCGUAUUACCAUAAGAAACAGAAAAAAUACACGUGAUUGGAAAGUAAUUUUUUGAAGUUUAUUGUUUGGAACUUUCUUCCUGUUGUUCCACAAACAUAUCAAACAGUAUCAAACUGUCUUUAAGAACUUGCAAUAGAAACCAGUAUUACUGUGGGGUACCUUCUUACAUGUAAAUAUUUCUAGUAAUUGUGUUCUUAUUUGAAACUAAACUAAACAAAGUAGAUGUACAAAGAUUUUGUACAAAAAUAUAGUAUGGAAAUGUGUUGUGGCAGUUUUAUAGUGUUAAUAGGUACAAAAUUACUUACAGGUUGUGUGCUGUCCUUAUUUAAAUAGUACAACUUUAAAAACACUUCUGUUUUUAGUAUAGUUACAAUUAAGAAGCUUCUCUUAAUAAUUCAAUUACAAAAAUACUUUUCAUAUUGUGGAUCCCUGGUGGUAGAUUGAUGUGUUAGAAAAACUUAAAACAUUUUUAAUUAAAUUUUGCGUCUUUCAGGUAUACCUUUGACUCUGUUCAUUUGUGAUUCAAUAUAAUACCUGACUAAAAUAUCUCCAGGCAAUUCUGUAUGUUGCUGCCGUCUAGUCUUCUACAAGUAAUGGGAGCAUGUUAUAUUAACAGGAUAUCCCUGGUGUUACCAAUUGGUGUACAUUAUAGUGAUCUGAAAUUUUGGCAGUUGUGCAGAAUGUCACUGAUUGUGGGCUUUUCUAAGAGUCAUAAAUAAUGUGUACAAUAUACUUUCAAAGUUGCAGUUAUUUGUCUACAUCUGAAACUUUAUUAUUUGGUCUCACAAAACAGCAUCAAAAUUUUGAACAGUCAUGUACAUUUCAUUAAAUAGCAGAGAGGAAAUAAGGAAAUUAUUGUGGUUAUAGCUGCUUCUAUUUUUAAAAAUGAUUGGCAGUGUGAAGUGACUUAUUUUGUGCUAGCAUUUCAGCAACAGACACGUUUUGAUUUUUUAAAUCCCCCCUUCCCUCAUGUAGCUUUGCUGAAAUAUUGCUAUGAAGAUAUCUAUGUUGUCAGUGUGAUUAUCUAUUUUAAAUGGUUUAUUGUUAUAUGAAGAAUAAGUGUGUACAUUUUUGCAGAGCAGCCCAUUGUGACUAGUUUGUGCAAAAGCACUCUCUUUAUGUACUGUUUGAACUGCCAGUUAACUUCCACAUUUCCAUACUUGUCUAAAUGUAAAUGAACUAGUUGCCUUAUCAUUUGUAAGUAUGCAAAGUUUUCAGUUUAGUUGUUUAAUGUCUUUUUAACCAUUAUGUAAUUAAGGAAUGGUGCUUGCCAGAAUGGUGCUCUUAAAUACAGACUUUUAGAAACCAACUUCUGUUCUAACCUUUUUGUACCAAAAUUGUAUUUGUUUCUUUUGUGACUCUUUUGUGUUUUAUGUACAGUAGUAUCCAGUUAUUGUGAAUCCUCACUGAAUAAAAUCUAUUUUAUUAAAGAUGUGACAA